GAGACGCCGACCUAGCUAGGCAUUAGGCUAGCUUUGUGAGUUCAGGUUUCCGUUAAUGUUAAACAAUAGCUUUCUAAAGGAACGUUCUUCAAUAUCUUUUGAUUCUUGAAAUCAGUUUUAUGAGCGUGUGUUUUAUUGCGAAUGAACUCUUGUAAUCAUGCUGUGAUGUCGGCUGCAAUUAAAGACUAAGACAUAUUCUUUCAUAAUCAUAACGAAGAGCUUUGUUUUUGUAAGCUUGUAUAGGAAUGAAGUAAGUUGUGAAGUUUAUUCAACGCUGUGUCUCAUGAAUUCGUGUCCAACAACAAUAUAGCCGUUUCCCGGAGAUUUUGACGGACCAGUGAAUUUCCAGAAAGCUUUGGCAUUGGCCAUCGUCUUAGGACAUAAUAUGUGGUUCGUUAACUCUUUAAAAAACAAAACAAAAAAGCCUCAAUGUCGGAUUAUUCAUAUGAAAAAAAAAAUAUAUAUAUAAGUGUGUGGUCGGGGCAACAAGCCCAGUGCUCCUGAGGUUCAAGGGGCGAUAGAGCCGGUCUUAGGAAGGCCGUCGUCUUUUAUAGUUUUCACACGUGCAGUUGUUAUAUAGCCUAGCUAUAGAUGUAGAUGUUAUAUAGAUAGGCAUAUGGCUAUAAUGUGCCUUAAAUAAUACAUGUUUUUACAAUGCAAGAUGAUGAAGUAUUUUUAUAGUGUUUAAACCUUUAUAUGUGUAAGAAAGUAGGAUACAUUUUUAUCCUCUGGGCAUUAAGAUAUUGUUAAUGAAAGCAGUUCAAGGAAGUCACCUCUUGUUGGUACUAAACUACCAAUAGUAUCUGAAUGCACCCCGCACCUUUUAAUAAAAAAAGACACAUCCUAGAUCUACCCGUGCCGAUACGAUAAUCAGGGUCUAUGUGGUUUGCGAGAAGAUUAAUAAUGAUGGGUAAGAUAGUCUUUGUCCUUUGUGUAAGUCUUUGUGUAACGAUAACCACUGGUAUUAUGUUCCACGUGUAGGUCUACAUCCUUUCCCCCAAAGCAAUGCACCGAAAGAUUUAAACAUUCUUUUUUUCCUGAGCCUCACUCCGUCAGAAUUGACAAGCAUGCUCUUCUCAUGGCUGUUACAAUAUGUAAAUAAUCACUCUUCAGGUCAAUAUUAGCAAUACAUGAGUGAAGUUUUUGUGGUGUAAUAUGGCUGCUGAUCUUUGCGUUUGAGAAACACUUUAGAAGUAUCGUGUUUAAAUUGUCAUAGAUUAAAAAUGUCACUAGGUAAGAAUUUUCAUGUAUGUGCUGAAAAUGAAUAUGUACAAUGUAAUGUUUUAACAAUUCAUGUUAUGGGACCUAUAAAAGAAUCCUAUCGUAUCUUAGUCUGAAUCUCUCUACUUUGAUUUGAGAACCUCGCUUACGUUCUAUGACCCCGACCCUGAGUUAAAAACUUGUAUUGCGUCCUAUGACUCCGACCUGAUUGACAACAUUGACUACGUGAGCUGCCGCGACGCAGACAUUGUUUUGUUGUGGGAAUAAGUAGGGUUCAGGAUGGAGAUGGGUGAAAUCUUCAAGGACACCGAGUCAAGAUGGAGAUGGGUGAAAUCUUCAAGGACACCGAGUCAAGAUGGAGAUGGGUGAAAUCUUCAAGGACACCGAGUCUACCAUAAUGUGACGUUAAGUAGAUGUUAUUCGUUAAAAAAAGUAAGCCUCUGUUAAUAUGUCGUAAUGAAGCAAUUUUAGCGACGAGCCAAAUCAGUGCCGCAAGACGCGUGUUGUAUCCGUUGCAGCAACUUUUAGAGCAGUUGUUCCACCGCCUGAUGGGCUCCGAGUGCACGUCUCGGGGCCAACGCUGACCCUCCAGGAAUCUCUUAAAACUAUUAUUAAGUCGCAAGACAUAGGGUUAGUCGCAAGGGGCUUCUCUAUAGAAACUGAUUAUAUAUUUUUAAAAAAAAAAAAAACAACCAAAAAAACCAAAGGCUUCGCGAGUCAAAAAAGUUUGGGAAACUCUGGUUUAGAAGUUGCACCAAGAAGAAGACCGGAACUUGAAGUGAAGUACGGCAAAUAAAUGACCUUUAAUUAACGGUUACUGCGGAUUACAAGGAAAUCACCAAAAAAACACAAACAAACUUCAGUUCGCUAUAACUGUCCACGGCCGAGAGAGUAAAUACAUUAUAGAAUAAUCCGGAGAUAGACCAGCGGCUUACGAUUCUCCUCCAACACCUCGCACAGGCUCCGUACUUUCAGGCUCCGUAUUUGCAGGCUCCGUACUUUCAGACUCCGUACUUUUAGGCUCCGCUUUUUCAGGCUCCGUACUUUUAGGUUCUGUACUUUCAGGCUCAGUACUUUUAGGCUCCGUACUUUUAGGCUCCGCUUUUUCAGGCUCCGUACUUUUAGGUUCUGUACUUUCAGGCUCAGUACUUUUAGGCUCCGUACUUUUAGGUUCUGUACUUUCAGGCUCCGUACUUUCAGGCUCCGUACUUUCAGGCUCCGUACUUUUAGGCUCCGUACUUUCAGGGUCCUAACUUUUAGGCUCCGUAUUUUAAGUUCUGUACUUUCAGGCUCAGUACUUUCAGGCUCCGUACUUUUAGGCUCCGUAUUUUUAAGUUCUGUACUUUCAGGCUCAGUACUUUCGAUAGACAGUCGGAUGUUUAAAAAAAAAAACGAAUAAAAAGGGCUCAUGCCUUCCGUGUCAGGUCUAAGGGACAGAAUGCCAGCGAGACAUUUGAUCACAUUCGUUUUAAUUUAAAGUUUAAUUAUCUCGGCUGUUACUGACCCUGUUUCCCCAUCACUCAUUCCGUCUCGUGAAGUAUUACCCAUUACGCGGAGUUAAGUGAUGUUAUUUAACCUUGAGAAAAUAGCGCCUUCAUUAAUACUAACUGUAUCCCAACGCAACCUCCUUUUUUCCUUCUCUCCAUGUUUCUCUCCAACAACGACGCCACUGUUACGUUUUGAAACUGUCUUUGAAUCUUGUCUGUAGCGUUUUUGGGGCACUGUAUUUAUUUUCAGAUAUCGAGGCACGUAAACAGUGGACAUUAUAAAGUCAACAUUAUACGGUGGAUAGUAUACAGUGGAGAUUAUAAAGUGAACAUUAUGCAGUGGACAUUAUAAAGCCAACAUUAUACGGUGGAUAGUAUACAGUUAACAUUGCACAGUGGACAUUAUACAGUCAAUGCUACUGCUGUCACACUCCCUCGGCUUCUACACAGUGGCGACAUUUCAUAAUGGCGUCGUUCGAUCCCAGGAUGAUUCCAAUGCACGCGGGCAUCCAUCACAACAGUUUGGACCAUGUUGGCCAGAGGUACCCGCAACACCAAGCUGGUCAGCACAGUGACCAGCAAGGCCAAAGCGGGCGCCUCAGACAAGGGUCGACCACGUCCGAGUCGAAAACUGAAGCUGGUCCCAACUGGGAGAACGUCUACCGGACGGCCCAGAACAUUGGGUUUCCCGAUCCCAAGGUGGCGUGUGGCGACGUCGUUGGCGAGUUCUUGGAAGACACGGCAAGAGGAAUCGGCUGUCCGGUGGAAUACGUCUUGGUCCCAAUGUUGCCAUGUAUUGGUGGUGAGUGCAGGGUUAAUUUAAAAUAUAACGCUACAUUCGGUUCAAUGAGUGAUGGUAAUGGUGUGGAGCGAUACGUAGGCCCUAUUAUAAGUAUAAAGACUUAUUUGAGGCGACCCAAAAUAGGUCUGUUUUUAAAUGUUAGUAUUGUAAUUGUAAUAAAAAAAUUGUAGGAUCAUUUAUGGUAUUGGAGUCCCCCCCCCCCUCACCUUGGCAGCUGUUGUCUAGCACCAGGGAGUUGGAGCUGGCAAAAUUUUCGUCAGCUCCGCGCCGAGCUCCGGGAAAAUUAAAAAGGGAGGAGGGGUGUUUGAGGGGAUGUUGUGUUUAAAGGAAAGUGUUUAUUUUUGUCACCACCUUAUUUUAUGAACUAUGCAAUAGCAAUGCAUGUAGGCCUACUGACAACAUAGAGGUAGGAAUAUGGUGGUGGGAAAAUAGCCGUGAAAGAGUGGGGCAACAUAGCAGGUAGAAGAGUUGGGCACAUAGCAGGUAGAAGAAUGAGGCAACGUAGCUUGUAGAAGAGUUGGGCAACAUAGCAGGUAGGAGAGGGGGGCAACAUAGCUGGUAUAAAAUUCAAAUGAUUUAAUUUACAAUUAUUGAGCUCGGAAUGUUGAAAUUUUACCACCUCCAGCUCCAUCGCAGCUUCGGGCAAAAUGACCUUUCUGAAGAGUUCCGCUCAAAAUGCCUGUCCAGCACACAACCCGACCCAGGUAAUUUGGGGGGGGGUGGGGGGGCCUUUGGGUGCUUUCCCCCCUUGUCGUUGUGGUAUCCUCUGACACAUUUAAUAACCCAUCCUAUUUAUUGUGACAAACCCAAAACACCCCAAUAGCUAAUAAAUUUUACCUCAGAUACUUGGAAAAAUAAUUUUAUUAAUUUGGCAUUGCAGGUAUCCUAGGAACCAAGACCACCAUUCGCGUACACAGAGCAUGGUCAGAACCUCCAGUGCUAUGGAGCAUUGUUGGUUCUGCUGCAGGCUCCAGGCGUUCUUCAGUCAUUCGACAACUUUUGUCACCCAUUUUGGCAUUGCAGGCAGAUAGAGAGGAAACAGAGGGUCAAAGGUCCCCCAAACAAAUCAAAUUGCAGGGAAACGGUCAGUUUGAAGAGAAUAAGAAGAAAAACUCUGUGCAAAGAAGAGCGCUUUACACAGGUACAAUAGUGAUUAUUACCUUUUCUCUUGAAGAAGAAUGCCUUUUUGUGUAGUAUUAUCUUAACAUUUAAUUAACUGAAUUUUUUUUACAAAUCAUUGUUUUGUUUGGAGUGUUUUUAAUGGUAUAGGGCCUACAUUUGAUUUACGUUUAUAUAUAUAUAUAUAUAUAUAAAUAUAUAUAUAUAUAUAUAUAUACACAAUUUUUCUUGCAUCUUUUAUUUUUAUAUUGCAAUAUUUGGGGAUACACCUGCCUUGCGCCUCACAAUCUUUUGUAUAUCAGCAUAUUUUUCUCUUUUUUGUGUAGUAUUAUCUUAACAUUUAUUUAUCUGUAUUUUUUUUACAUAUCAUUUUUUUGUUUGGAGUGUUUUUAAUUGUAUAGGGCCUAUAUUUGAUUUACGUUUAUAUAUAUAUAUAUAUAUAUAAAUAUAUAUAUAUAUAUAUAUAUAUACACAAUUUUUCUUGCAUCUUUUAUUUUUAUAUUGCAAUAGUUGGGGAUACACCUGCCUUGCGCCUCACAAGCUUUUGCAUAUCAGCAUAUUUUUCUCAAUUUGUAAUUUUCCCUUUAUGAAUUAUUUCCAAUUCAAUCAGGUACUCGCAUCACACUGACUGCUUUGACUGAUGUAUUACACUGCAACGAUGGCCACGCCUUCAGUCUUGCGGAGGAUGUCGAGAACCUUCAUAACCUGCUCAUGCAGCCUGUAACAUGCCCUCGACUGGCCUCAGUGAUGGACGAUCUCUAUGAGGGUCUGCCGCUGGUCGCCGUGGAAGAUGGACGUGUCACCACUUUACUCGGAACUAAUUUCUGCCAAGGGGGUAUGACGUGUGUUUAAUACAAUGGCUUCUAAAGCAUAAAACCUGAAAGAAUGACAGAGGAUACUAAUUUAGUAAAUUUUUGGUCCAGCUGAACCUCUUCAUGUAUUAUCAACUAGUAUGGCCAUUAGCAGUUUAGCCAAAAAUCUUAAGCUUGAAAUCUACAUUUUCUAUAGGGCCAAUUGUGAUCCACGACAAGAUUCCUAUACUGACUAUGCCUAUAGCAAAAUUUUAUAGACUAGUUUAAAAGUUUAGACAGUAUACAAGUUUAGACACUAGUAUUAAAUGGUAGAUGUUAGCAUAAAUGUUUAGACAUUAGUAUAAAAUUAGUGUCUAAACUCUUAUACUAAUGUCUAAACUUUAAUACUUUAAGUUUAAACUAAGAGUACAUUGUGUUUGUUUCUUCCACUCAGGAUUUGCCCGUCCAGAGUACAUUGUGAGAACCAUGUUGAAAUCUCCAUCUUGGUUGUCUGCUAGAUUUUUGCUGUCUUGUCCCCAGUCAGAUGAUAUGAAGGGGGUGUUUGGAGACCCCGUGUGUAGCACUGAACUCCCAGAAUUGGAACUGAUCUACUCUAUUCUGUUAGAGAAGCACCAGAAUAGACAAAAUUACGCAUUUGAUCCAGAUGCUGUGCAAGAAUUAAGCAAAUUUUUUGAAGAGGAAUGGACAUCAGUUUUAAAUCAGCUGGACCAGAAUGAACAUGAGGGCAUUAUAGGCAAAUCAAUGGGUCAGAUUGUACGUCUCAGUGGGAUACUCAAGGCUCUUGAAAACAGUCUUCUCAGUGCUAGGGCUAAGAGCCAAGCCAGGGACCAGGAAUGGGACUGGAACAUAACAGCUGGAACCGUGAAGAAAGGAAUAAUAUUAGGUAAAUAUUUCAUGGAACAAAAACUGGCCAUGACUUUUAUGGUUGGAACAGGUUUUUUCAAUCACUAUUCCGAAAUGUCAUUUGACAGCGGUAUGAAUGGGAACGCCACAACCCUGCCACAGACCGCCAUCCAUGUUGGAUCUGAGCAACAGUGCAGGUGGAGUCCAGCUGCAAACACAUCACGGUCAUUCAGUCAAGAUUCCACUGCGGCCAAUUCGCUGCAAGGCUCACAGCAGAAUCCGAACUCGUCAUUUAGCUUCUCCAAACGGGCAGGGGAUGUCGACUUCAGCACACUCCCCCACACCAUGAGCACGGUGGAAGAAGAUGUCAGUGAGAUGAUGCAGGCUGUAGACUUUGUUCACUUCUCCAAAACACAGUUUGUAGCUGUGCACGGCAGGCGCAUCAAACGACUUCUAGAAUGCUAUGAUGAUGGACACGGUGUCUCUGCAACGACGGCCGCACAAAAAUCGAUCACCCCACCGGUCCGUAUAGAAGGCACCAACAAUCGUCAUCCAGCCUGGGCCAGCGCGCUAUUCUUUCAAAAAGUUGCAGAGCUCGACCUGGGUGCUGCCGAGCAGGGCAGGCAUCCUACAAAUAGAAAAGUCUGUUGGCGUUUCAAAAGGAAGCCCGUUGGUCAGUUACAAGAGAAAGAUUUUCAGCUGCUACAGUAUCUCCGUGUAGAAAUGGAAAAAUAUUCUCAGUUUGGGUCUGGUCCAUUUAAUCCAAGUAUGAUUGUCAAUUCUGGCCUGAUAACACUUCCAAACAGCUCAAGUCCACGCCAUCAAGUGGGUGGAGGUUUGAGUCCUGUCGUUGGCGGAAUGGACGAUGAUUCAAAUACAACCAAUAGUCAGAACAGUUCAAGGAAUUCAGCCACACCUAUAAUUAAGACUGAAAUAUAUUGAUUAAGUCAUUGACAAGUUACAGAAUCCUCAGAAGUGGCUCUACUUAUAAACAUUCAAAUAGUUAGACAAAAGGACAUAAAAAAAAAUAAGACAAGUAACAAGUUAUGUGUUACUCAAUCAAUUAAAAUCCCACAAUUUCAAUUAGACCACACAAGUCAGGCACUAGACCUCACAAGUCAGGCACUAGACCUCACAAGUCAGGCACUAGACCUUACAAGUGAAGCAGUAUGGAAUAACAAUGAAGCUGGAAGCCCAUUAUUUCAAUUGAAAAUAAGCUUCUUGAUCUGUGAAUGACAUAUAUAAUGAGAAAUAAAUGACAUAUAUAAUGAGAGAUAAAUGACAUAUAUAAUGAGAGAGAGAAAUAGUGAAAAUCUUUUAAUGAACACCAGAGAUAAAAUAUAAGGGACUUCCAUGACCUCUUGGAAGAUACCUGGACCAGGCCAGCCAAUGAAACUGAACAAAAGUCCUGAUGAUUUAAAUUAUUGGCCCAUUUUUUACAAUAAUUUUUUGUGUGUAUUUACCAGAUAAAUAAUAACAGAUAGUGACAGGCGAGUGGUCACAAACUAAAUGUAAGCUGAGUGAAUCCACAAAAAAGUCCUUCUGCACCACAACUCAGGUCCACAUUCUUCACAAUAAACCAAUUAACCUUCUCAACCCCUGCCCACCAAAGCUUAACUUUAAUUAGUGUCAUCAAGUUAUUUUGUUAGAUACUCUAAGAAGACUGUUCAUUCCUGGUAUCCAGUUGUGCAUUGAAAUAUAAAGAUGAUAAUAUAGAGGUCAUGAUACACUAAGCCAAAACAAUAUUUCGUAGCUCAAAUGUUUUAUUCUUCCCGUAACAAGUUUAAUGCCUUGCCUGCUUUUAAACAUUAGAAUGUCUGGCAGUUACUCUGCCUUUAAACAAUAGAAUGUCUGUCUUUUAUACAGAAAUGAAGCAAAAAAACAAUUUGACAGCAACAGAAACUGAAAAUUACAUGCCAAUUUUACAAACAAUGCAGGAGAGUAAUAAAAUGAAAGAAAUAAUUUCAGAAGUUGUUUGCACUGGUAAUGAUCACAAUGUUAAUGACAAAUAUUUGGAACCCAAGUUAAUAUUUUGCAUGCUUGUCAAUGUAUAGGCCUAUUUGUUUUUAGCUUUAGAACCAUAUUUUUAAAAUGUUCAAACAACUGCUUUAAUAUUUUGAUUCUCUUCAAAUAAAUAUUUUUUAUGAUUUAUAAU